AUGUACUCCGAGUGGCAAAAGGGUGAAUUGGUGUGGUUCGACCCAGGUGUCGGCCACGUGCUACCAGGCGAGGUUUUGGAAUACCACAGAGCCGCCAACGUGCUCUCCGUUCAAGCAGUGAUCGCCGGCAAGCCCCAAAUUUUCACCCUGACCAAUUUGAGUGGAGUGAAGCCAAGACAGGAUCUUGGGCAAAAUGGUGUCGAAGACAUGAUUCAGUUAAGCGACCUCAAUGAGGCCUCUUUAUUAUGGAACCUGAAAAUUCGAUACGACAAGGAAUUAAUAUAUACGUACACGGGAAGUAUUUUAGUGGCGGUAAAUCCUUAUAAAAUGUUUGACAUUUAUGGCCUGGACCAAGUGAAACUCUAUGAAGGACGAAUACUCGGGACCCUGCCGCCUCACCUGUUCGCCGUGGGCUCAUCAGCAUAUAGUCAAGUAACCGCUGCAAAUAAUGCCAGCGCAAAUCAGGUGGUCGUUAUUUCCGGCGAAUCCGGUUCAGGAAAAACAGAAUCCACGAAACUCGUAAUGCAGUACCUAGCCGCCGUUAAUCGAGCGCCGAACAAUCUGGUCACUGAGCAGAUCCUCGAGGCGACGCCAUUACUGGAAAGCUUCGGCAACGCAAAGACGCCGAGAAACGAUAAUAGCAGCCGAUUCGGCAAAUAUCUGGAGGUUUACUUUAGAGAUGGAGUCAUCGUAGGGGGAAGAAUAACCCAGUAUCUCCUAGAAAAAAGUAGAAUAGUCACUCAAGCUUCUGAAGAAAGGAACUACCACGUCUUCUACGAGCUUCUAGCUGGCCUGGACCAGCAACUCAGGGACAAAUACGGUUUACUAACCCCAGACAAAUACUUCUACCUGAACCAGGGUGGAAAUUGCGAGAUCGAUGGGAAGAGUGACGUCCAAGACUUCAAAGCUCUUCUGUCCGCCAUGCAAGUGUUGGGGUUCACGUCCGAGGAACAGGACACGAUCUUCAAGAUUCUCGCGAGUGUGUUGCACCUGGGCAACGUGUACUUCCACCGGAAGCAGAUGAGACACGGCCAGGAGGGUGUGGAAGUCGGGUCGGACGCCGAAAUCCGAUGGGCAGCUCAUCUUCUUCAAGUGAAUUCGGACGGGAUCAUCAGAGCGCUGACGACCAAAACGACGGAGGCAAGAAACGAGAGAGUCUUCACCGCGUUGAAUAUCGAUCAGGCCCUGGAUGCCAGGGAUGCCUUCGCAAAGGCUCUCUACAGUUCGUUGUUCUCCUGGCUGGUAGCACGUGUCAAUCACAUCGUCUACAAAGGGACCAAACAGACCGCCGCCAUCUCGAUCCUUGAUAUAUUCGGGUUCGAGAACUUCACUGAGAACAGCCUCGAGCAGCUGUGCAUCAACUACGCGAACGAGAACCUGCAGUUUUAUUUCAACAAGCACAUAUUCAAGCUCGAGCAGCAGGAGUACGUGAAAGAGAAAAUUGACUGGACUACUAUAAAUUACACUGACAAUUUGCCAGUUAUUCACCUAAUCGCAAAGAAACCAGUCGGUAUUCUGCAUCUGUUGGACGACGAGAGUAAUUUUCCCAAAGCGACGGAUCUCUCGUUUCUUGAAAAGUGUCAUUACAAUCACGCUCUGAGCGAAUUGUACUCGAGGCCACGAAUGAAUUCAGCUGAAUUCGCCAUUAAACAUUACGCCGGCCAAGUUUGGUAUAACGUUGAAGGCUUCUUGGAUAAGAACAGAGACACUUUGCGACCAGAUGUGGUGGAAUUAUUAAUAAGCAGUAAAAUAUCCAUGGUCAGUAAAAUGUUCCAGCAUGUAAGGACAACCCACGAGGCUAAUAAGACCAUGAAUAAACCAAACGGUAGAUUCGUCACUAUGAAACCAAGAACGCCGACCGUGUCUGCACGGUUUCACGACAGUCUGCAGCAACUUCUAGAUUCGAUGUCACAAUGCAAUCCAUGGUUCGUGCGAUGCAUCAAACCGAACACAGAGAAGGCGCCAAUGAAGUUUGACAUGCCCUGCGUGCUCGAACAAUUACGUUACACUGGGAUGCUCGAGACUAUCCGUAUCAGGAAGACGGGUUACCCAGUUCGACUUGUUUUCGGACACUUUGUUGAUCGAUAUAGAUACCUGGUGUCAACGCAUCUACCUAGAGGAGCUCCGAAUAAGGAGCUCUGCCGUAUAAUUCUGGAUAAAGCCGCGCCAAAAGAGGCACAGUCGCAAUAUCAGUUGGGUUUGACGAGAGUAUUCUUGAGGGAAUCCUUGGAAAGGACUCUGGAGUACAAUAGAGCGCUCAUCUUGGAAAGGGCGGCCAUUACUGUUCAAAGAUAUACCAGAGGAUUUCUAGCGAGAAGAAGGUUCCUCAAUAUUUCACGAAGCACCGUGCUGAUACAGGCGGUCUAUCGUGGUUAUCGUGAAAAAAAGAAGUUCAAAGCACUCAAGAAAGGGGCGCUUAUGGCACAAAAGAUAUAUAGAGGAAGGAAGCAGCGUGAAAAAUUCCAUGUUCUAAAAGAGGAAAUGGCGAAGAGAGCGGAAAUCGAGAGGGCUAGCAAGGAAUACUUGAUGUCCCAGAAAGAAUAGAACCCAUUGAAGUAUUAUGAAUCGUUAAUGUCUGAAAAGUGAUACUUUUGUUCUUCAGAUUGGCAACCAACCCACACAGAGCGAAACCUCCUGAAAGUUGUCGGCCAAGUGAUCCCAAUGCACCAAACUUACAGUCUCCCGCCAGACAUAGACCAGCACCAAUUCUCAAAAUUCACUAACAUCUACUUCAAGAGCCAUAUCUUCGGCAUGAAACGAGAACCAAUAAAGACACCGUUCCUGGCAAAAGCUCGGGACCAAGAUUACACAGACUCAUUGAUGAUCUUCAAAAUGAUCCUCCGUUUCAUGAACGAGAACAACUUGAGUGGCAAAAGGGAACAAGCAUUGGGCGACUAUAUCGUGAACAAAGGAAUCGUCAAUGAAAAAUUAAGAGACGAAAUUCUGUGCCAGCUGGCGAAUCAAACGUGGAAAAACGAGAACGAUGCUAACAAAGAGAGAGGCUGGUUGCUAUUGUCCAACUGUCUAUCAGCCUUCCAACCCAGUUCAACACUGUUUAAGUAUUUUCUCAAGUAUGUGUCCGAUCACGCCUACGACGGAUACAAAGCUUACUGCCAGAGGAAGCUUUUGCAAGGUGAAAGGACUAUAUUCAGGAUAAUGAGCACUAAUCAACAAAUUGUGCACCACGUACCGAGGAAUUAUCCGCCCUGCGUAUUGGAGUGGAGGGCGAACAGGAAUCGCGUUAACAUGGCGCUCAGCGUGGGAUUCUAUGACGGUGAGACGGUCACCUGUGCCGUGGAUUCGUGGACAACCUGCGAGGAACUGGCUAAUCUCGCUGUCCAUAAUCACGGCGUGGACAAUUCCGGCUGGACCAUCACUCUAUGGAACCAGUUAGACGGUCCGGACGCCAUUGUUACAGAAACCAAUGGUUUCGAUUACGUUCUCGAUCUGAUCUCUGAGAUGGAGCUUGCGCCAGCUUUCCCUGCCGCCAAACACAUGUUCCUCGAACAGCGGAAGAACAGUUUCCCACCCAUUAAGAAGAGAGAGCAUACGCAGAUCAUUCGAGAAUUAGAACAGGAAAUAGAACCGCCGGUUCUGAAGACUUUCCAGCCUCUCGAGCGGAAACCAGUGCCAAAGGUUGUGGACAAACCCGUCGAACCGGAGAUUCAAUCUCCUAGGCGACCCGCUGUUCCGCCCCCUCAACCACCUGUAACGAAGCCAUCGAUGAGAAAACAGUCUCACGAGGCUAUAUUAGAAACUACAACGGAGACAGGUUUAUCGCGAAAAUCGGCUCUUAACGACAGAUACUUCGAAAAAGAGAAGCAACGAAGUCGUAGUCUGGAUAACCUGCUCCAACCAGAAGUGGUGUCGCCUCCAGUUAAGCUGGCGAACCUCGGAUUAUCGUCGUCGAAACUGAACGAACGGUACCAUAGCCUCGAAAGGAUUGGAGAAACGCCUGCAGUCAGUAACGUCGAGUACAUGACGAGAACGGAAAUUACACAGGAAAGGAAGUAUAGUAGGAUAACGAGGACAACGGAGCCGAAUAUUGAGGAAGAGGAUCUAACGAUCGAUUUCGAGUAUCCGGAUAUUCAAUCGGUCAGCCAGACUGGAAGAUCGGAGGACGAUAAGAAUAGUUACAUUAGAUCGCAAACUAGGUUCAUCAAAUCUCAAUAUCCUGGUAAACGUGCACUACCAGGCAGCCAAUCGAGCCGAGCGUACAUCGAGAAGAGCGAGUACGGUGUGAAAUCGUCCGCCAUGUCAGACACGAGCGAAGCUCCUUCCCUGGCGUCGCACGUGAGACGCGUCAGGGUGCCUAGUCAAGCCUCGGAUGUGGAUCAGUUCUUGGACGAGCUGUUCAUGCCGGUUCUGGACGGGAAUCUCGACGAAUUAUCCGACGCGAGGAGUCUAGCUGCUAGCAUCAAAGGUACAAGCGACGAUAGGUCUCAGGGUGAUGCCAUAAUUCUCGAUACCCUGAAGAGGAAGACCAAUGAAGAAGACCAGAAUGACGAAAGGAGACUCGAAACUGUGGAUGAUUUUGUUAAAAUGAUGCUAAGAAGCCCCGAGGAUGAAACUAUCACGGCUAAAGUGUUGUUAGAGAAGAUCAAAGGGGGAGGCAACAUGGACAUACCGAAUCAGAACGCGACGUUCAAUUUUGGCGCAAUCACACCAGGGAUGAUGUCUCCGCCUAUGAUGAUGCCGAUGUUCAGUUCACCCCAGCAAGUGCCUCCCACGCAAAGUACCAACAUGAACAUGGGCCCAGGCUUCAUGCCGAUACCCAUUUACAGUAUGCAAGGUCUCAGCCUCCCUCAGUAUGCCAGUUCACCGCCGAGUCAGAACAACGAGAUGAUGGCCUAUCAGCAGAACCUGCAAAGGGCGUUCCUGCAGAGUGCCAUGGCGCAGAAUAUACAGAUCCAACAGCAAUUACUGGCGCAGAACCAGGCUCUUCAGCAACUGCUUGUGCAGAGUCCUCAGAACUCUAACCAACAACCGGGCACGGUGUUGUCCACAGGCCCCUCCAGUAUGAAUCUUGUCCCCCCAGCCCCCCAAAACGGUGCCCAAAUGGGGCCCAAUGAUUCUAUCGGACGCUACUCGAAGGUGUCGUUCAGGGAGCCAGAAGAUGGGGAACUUUGGUCAACGGAGAAGCAAGGAACUCCAGUUCAAACGCCGACAAACAGCCAACGUCAGGAAGUGACGGUCAAGGCUCAGAUACAUCGAUCGCAGAGUCCACCGAGGAAGAAUUCUGAAACGGCCAGAAAGACGAGUGUCGAAUACGCUGUCAGAAAAAUUAGCGUCGACAGGAAAGUUGGCGACAAGAAGUCCUCCGGCCCGAUAGACGCGAAAAGGCCGAGCUCGAAUAAGAGCAACGUGCAAAGUAAUUUCACGAACGUGUUGAGUGAAUUGAAAAAUCGAAAGAGUAGCGUGGACAGCAAUUUGUCGAAUUCGAGCAAUAAUAAAGGCGUGCCACCCCCGCCGCCUAUGCCUCCGCCUUUAGAAUCUCAUGAUCCAUCGGAGUCCAGACCCUUCCUCGAUCCUUACGGAAGAGCCAAAACAGUUCGAAUUGGUAAAUGGAGAUGGCCUCCACCGAGCGACUCGAACGAGAAUCAAAGUCAAGAUAGCUUCAUAGAGUUCAAAAUGCGACAGCAGCAACAACAGCGCAAGAUCACGCCGCAGUUCGGAGAGUACAAUCAAGGAGACGGAGAACCAAGCACAGAAGGUGCAGUGGAGUGGGAAGAAUUUGAAAUUGAAAAUAUUGUUGGAAGUGAAGAAAGAGCAGUAGUAUCUCAUACGUCUACCCCCGCGACGAAGCACGAAAACGGGUACAAAGAGGAGGGAGAGAAAAAAAAGAAGAAAUCCAAGUCCGCGUUAGAAGUCGGCGCUCAAAGGCCAUCCCCAGGUAGCAUUGGUAAAUUGAAGCUGAGUUCAGAAAUGAGACAAAGAUUGGAGAAGGUGACAGCUAAUCACAGUGUGAGAUCGACGAAAACGACAGAGAAGCCCGCUCUCCCGCGAGAAGACGGCAAAGUGAAGCGUUUAGAGGAUAAUAGGAAACUUCUUCUUGAACAGCAAUUAGGAGGUCGAUGGGACGAUUAUGCAUCCACGGCCGAUGACACGCAAAGCGUCACUUCAAAAGGCACGACAGACAUGAUGACUCAAGCUCAAGUAGUUAGAACCCAGAUUGAGAGGAUGGAGAGGCCUGUGCCACCUCCGCUUCCGGUGACACCUCCGCAACCCCCUAGUCCCAGAGGUGGAAGCAUUUAUAGUAAUAGUCAAUCUGGUGUACCACAACCAAGGUCACCCCCAGCACCAAUCGAGCCAAAAUCCCGAGACACCUUCAGGGCAUCACCAGAUUCAGAAUCGUUCGAUCACUUUUCGAAGGCCCAGCGCGACAUGUUCAGCCACAGUCGGGACAUAUUCGCGUCCCAGCAGCACUUAAGGGAGAGCCACGAGUACAGAAACGACUUCGAUAAGUCUCGAUCACAGGACCAGAAGUCCAAAGACUUCUACAGCAAAGACAGCACCGACAUGGCCAGCUCUGCGAGAGACAGAAACUCUGACUUCGACUCUCGCCGGGACUUGAAUUCGGAUAUUUUCGAUCCGAAAUACGCCAGAGACAUAUUCGAGAACUCCAAAAGAGAUCCCUUCGGGAUGACCAGGGACCUUUCUCCAAAAUCCAGAGACAGCUUUGGUAUGCCGUCAUCCAGGGACUUUGGCGUGAUGCCAAACACUAGGGAGUCUUUUGCCGCAGCUCGUCAGAGUUUCAAGAAGUUAGACCGUGAGGUUGACAGAAGGUCCAGCGUCGCGUCCACUCAUCGUACCGACAAAAUGGAGAGGAUUGAGAUCGAAGAAUGGCCAGAGUUCCUUAGACCUGUGCUACCACCAGCCGAGAAACCAGAGAUCGAAAAGGUCCAAGAGGUCAUGAACACGAAGCUCUAUCCUCAGACAUCUACAGCCCACUUCACAUACAACAGAGUGACUUGGACGUUGAGGGUGAAGAAAGAAGUAUUCGCGCCUAACGAAACCUUAAAUAGUCCCUUGGCGCUUCAUCUGGUGUUCUGUCAGGUCGCUUACGAUGUCCUGGCCACGUCCAGUAUCAGGAUCACGAAAGAGGAUCGUCAGAACAUGCUGAAAUUGUUAGAUAAUUACGGUGUGACGUUAGACAACCUACAGAGCACGCAACAUAAGAUCACUAUUAAAAAGAAUGUCGUCGACGUGGCCAAACAAUGGCCCCUGUACUUCGCCAGGAUAUUCCCCGUGUCGAUUGGACCACAACAUCCAGAGACCCAGCACGUCGCUGUCUCCCAUCACGGUUUACGACUGAUCAAACGCACUCCGCAAGGAGAUCUAAUUAUCCUGGAGACUCUACCCCUAGAGGACAUCGUCUCCGUUAGCUCCCCUCGAGCUGGUGUAUGUGUGAUGCAGAUUUCGUCCGGAGUUCGGCUGCCUUUGCACACGAACCGAGCACCACAAUUAACGGAGAUGAUCAGCACCUACAUCAGACUGGUCGAUCAGAAGCCUCUGCACAAACCGAACCAUCACGAGAACCACGUGUCCCAGAUCACAAAAUCGAUCCAAUCGCAGACGAAUCACGGUUCUCUGAAUCACGUCCAGUCCCACGGUCAAUCUAAUCACGUUAUCUCGAAUCACGAGAACCACGUGCCCGCGAGUCGUGUGCCGAACCACGUGUCGGCGGCGAACCAGACGAACCAUCAGAAAAACCAGCAGAACCACCGGCUCAGCCCGAAUCAGGAAUGGCGGCAACCGGAAGACAACGGCCGGUUGCAAGAAGACGGUAUCUACGAGAGCGGUCCAGUGGUCAACGACGGAAAACACUCACUUUUGCAGUACGCCAUGUUGAACUUCAGGCAGAGCACGGAAAAAUUCGAGAUGUUAAAGACCGCAGAUGGCUCCAUAAGCGGCUCCCUUAAAGUCAUCGAGUCUCUGAAGAGCAAGAAGAAAAGCAAGAAGAGUAAAGGUCAACAUGACGGCGCAGAAUGGACCUGGAAGGAACAGGUGGACCUUGUCAAGUACUCACCUGUGCCAAUAGAGCAGAGUCUAUUGAGGCUGGACGGUGAUUUAAGCGCGCUGGCCAUCGAAUGCUUUCUCUGUCUGAUGAGGUACAUGGGUGACCAACCCUUGCCUCCAGAUACCAGCGAAGUCAAAUGCGUCUACACCAUUCUGAUGCACUGUCACAAAUACGAGCAGCUCCGCGACGAGGUCUACUGUCAGCUGAUGAAACAGACGACGAACAACAAGAGCCCGAAUCCAGACAGCUGUCAGAGGGGCUGGAGGAUCUUCAGCAUCGUGGCUGCAUACUUCACUUGCAGCGAAGGUUUGAGACCUUACCUGACGAAAUACCUGGAAACCGCGGCGUACGACAAGAGAAGGGCCUAUCAUGGCACUGCCACAGUGUGCCUGCAGAAUCUUAGGAAGACUGUUAAAUACGGAGGAAGGAAGAACGUGCCCAGUGUCGACGAGAUCAUGGCGAUCAGCGCGGGUAGAAACGCCAAGAGACAGAUUUAUAGAUUACCUGGAGGAACGGAGAGGGUUAUUAAUACGAAAUGUACCACGGUUGUGCAGGACGUUAUCGAAGAGAUGUGUAACGUAAUAUCCGUAAGACAUCCCCACGAAAUGGACGAAUUUUCAUUGUAUUGUAUCGUCGAUGGGGAUGCAUUCACCAUGCCCUUAGCUAGAGAUGAAUACGUGCUGGAUGUAACGACAGAACUCCAUAAGAAUCAUCAAGUCUUCUAUUUAAUAUUCUGCAGGUCAGUUUGGUACUACCCUCUCAGAUUGGACGCACCGCUGUACAUAGAAGUUGUGUUCAACCAAAUCGCUCCAGAUUACUUGGAGGGUCUUCUACUUGUUCUGCCUGGAGAACAUUUACCUCAAGAAGUUGUAUACGAUAUGGCGCAAAUAGCAGCCCUUCUACAUAGAGCGGCAGACAUGACGCAUGAGCCAACCACUAAGGAAAUUAAAUACUUAUUGCCAAAACCGGUGCUAAGUUUGAGGGAACCAAGGCCUCAACAGUGGUCCAACAUGGUUCAGCAAGCGUGGAACAAUGUGCAACAUAACACUGUCGCUGCCUGUAAAGCGCAGGUUCUUGAAAUUUUAUGGAAGUGGCCGCUAUUCGGGUCCAGCUUCUUCGCCGUGAAAAGAGUGCCUGAAGGAAAGGAGAAGGGCGGCGAUCACAUUCUUGCGCUGAACAGACAUGGAGUGCAUUUUAUUGAUUUAAUUACUCACGAGACGCUGUAUCAUUACCCGUACUCCGAGGUGAUAUCCACCCGGAAAGUAAAGUCCGAGGAAGGAACCCUUUAUUUGGACAUGAAAUGCGGUAAUUUGAUGCAGCAACGCAUCACAAGGCUCCAGACCGAGCAAGCUCACGAAAUUUCGCGGUUGAUUAGACAAUACAUCACAAUGGAACAGAGAGCUACCAACAAUCAAGGCGCUGGAAUUGGGUUUGGAAUGAGAUAA